CUUUUUCGCCCUCCCUCGUUCAGCUCCUCGUUCUUCUCUCCGAUUAUUCUCUCUCAUCAGCUACUUCGAGGCGAGUCGAACGCAGGAGUUUGUUCUAAGUUGCAAUGGAAGACAUGAACCAGCACCCGACUGUUUUCCAGAAGGUAGCUAACCAGCUACACCUGAGCUCCAGUCUCUCCCAAAAUGUCCACGCUCGCUAUGGCGGUAUUCAGAGGCCUGCUAUAUAUCAAAGGCAUUAUGCAUAUGGCAACUACUCCAAUGCAGGAUUGCAGACCUGCCAAGCUCCCCAGGGUUUAUCGUUGAUCGCCGCAAAUGCUUCACCAGUGUUUGUACAGGCUCCCACGGAGAAAGGAGUUGCAGCUUUUGCCACUGACUUCCUCAUGGGUGGAGUCUCUGCUGCUGUCUCAAAGACUGCUGCUGCCCCUAUUGAGCGUGUGAAGCUUUUGAUCCAAAACCAAGAUGAGAUGAUCAAGACAGGUAGGCUCUCAGAACCAUACAAGGGAAUUGGAGAUUGUUUCAGAAGGACAAUGCAGGAUGAAGGGGUUGUGUCUUUGUGGAGAGGAAACACUGCCAAUGUUAUCCGUUAUUUCCCUACUCAGGCCUUGAACUUUGCUUUUAAGGAUUACUUCAAGAGACGCUUCAACUUCAAGAAGGACCGUGAUGGCUACUGGAAGUGGUUUGCUGGAAACCUUGCAUCUGGUGGUGCUGCUGGUGCUUCCUCGUUGCUCUUUGUCUAUUCAUUGGACUAUGCACGUACCCGUCUUGCAAAUGAUGCCAAGGCUGCAAAGAAAGGAGGUGAGAGGCAGUUCAAUGGUUUGGUUGAUGUCUACAGGAAGACGCUCGCAUCUGAUGGAGUUGCUGGACUCUACCGUGGAUUCAACAUUUCAUGUGUUGGUAUCAUUGUGUACCGUGGUUUGUACUUCGGAAUGUACGACUCCUUGAAGCCUGUGCUCUUGACCGGAGGCCUGCAGGAUAGUUUCUUCGCUAGCUUUGCUCUUGGGUGGCUCAUUACCAAUGGUGCUGGUCUAGCCUCAUACCCAAUUGACACAGUCCGAAGAAGAAUGAUGAUGACCUCCGGUGAAGCGGUCAAGUACAAGAGCUCAUUCGACGCAUUCUCCCAGAUUCUUAAGAACGAGGGUGCCAAAUCUCUUUUCAAAGGUGCUGGUGCUAACAUCCUUCGUGCCGUCGCUGGUGCUGGUGUGUUGGCUGGAUACGAUAAGCUUCAGAUGAUCGUUUUCGGAAAGAAAUACGGCUCUGGUGGUGCCUAAGGUCAGACCAUAUAGCAUCCUUUAUUAGGAUUAGAUGUUGAUGAAAAUCUUUUUGCAGCUCAAUGUGAGGAUUCAUUUGGAAAGACGUUUUACGUUUUUCCUCUUUUUCUAUUUGAAUAAUUUUAAAAACUUUAGAGCGGGUUAGAACCUGAAAAUCCCCCACACUCAUUUCCCCUGUUGACAAAGGGUGUUUUAUUUUUUUGGGACCUUUAUAUACACUUACCAGAGGUUAUAUAUUCUCACACUCGGAAUCUUUUGUUGAUAUGA